AUGGAUAGCUGCCCUCCCGCAGACUACCCAGACAAGUUCUUCCGCAGUGUCAACGAGGAGCUUGCCUUCCGCAUGGAGACAAUCUUUGGAGUUGCAGAGCGAGCGGCCGAUUACUUCAGGACGACAGGCGACGUCGGCUCAUUUCUGAAGGGCCCCGCAGAGAACACCGCAAACGAGCGAGCGACGGGCGGCCACUUUACUCCCGCGGCGAAGCCUUUCUUCAAGAAGUACGCGGCCGACAAUUUCGUCAAACCAGAGGGGCUCGCUGCUCACAGGUGCCAGCGCAUGGCACGUAGCGCCGAGGCAGUCCGCGUUCGCGUCCACGACUCCAACGCUGACUGGGCGGCUGAGAUCGCCGCCAAUGCGAGCGACGAUCUGCGCGCGGGGAGCAUCCGCAGGGGUUUGAAGAACCUCGCCCCGGCAGCCACGGAGCUCGGCGCCGCCCGCGGACGCGCCCUCCAGGUCGCGCGCGGCAACAGGCGUUCCUGCCUGCGGCGCGCAAGUCUCUACCUUUCGGCGGACGCGAGGCUGCGGAGCCGACACGAGGCGGGCAGCGUGGCUGACGAGCUGGUCCCGAUUGGCGGCGUGCGUCGGCGGCCCGAGAGCGGCCGCGCACGCGACGGUGACGGUGUGCAGCAGUCUCGGAGUGACUAUAACGGGCGGUGCUCGCUCGAGCCCGGUGAGCUUGGGCCACCUCAAGCUUGGCGCCUAAAGCUGUUGACGUUGAGCGCCCGGUUGGACGGCGGUUUCCUGAAGACGCCGCAGCUGGUCUUCGAGGUCGUCGAUGCGGCGCCGUACUGUGGUCGGCACCACCCCGGGCCUCAGCGGGCCGCCGCCGCCGGCGAGCAGUCCCGCCUCCGCGAGGGCCUGGUCGAGCUGGGCCCAAGCGCGCUGCUGGCGCUCGUGCUUGGCGAUGGCCGCGGUGGCGAGCUCAUCGACUACCAGGACGGCGAAGCGCCGCGCAAUGACGCCUUCCUCGCCCAGGCUCAGACCAGCUUGCAACCGAGCGGCCGACUCCGCAUCGUGGUCAUGAGGCUGGUUGAACUGCACAGGGAGGCUUCGGUGCCCGACUUCGAGCAGUGGCUGAAAGACCAGGAGGUCCUGGAGCAGGGGGCCUCCAAGCCGGCGGAGUCUUCGGCACAGGCCGACAAGACGGCCCCCACGAAGAGGCCAGAGAUGACCAUCCGGCAGGUGUACACUUACGGCGGCGUGCUGAUCGGAGUCAUGGUGGUAGUGCUGUGCUUGGCCGCGAAGUUCCUCGAAGAUGUGGACCUUCAGGAGGACGAGCACGACAAGCAGGGCUGA